UCCAUAUAUUAACAAGUAUUCAUCAUCAGAUAAUUAGUUUUCGGCAUAGUUCCGUUGACACACCAYGGUUCCCGAGAAAUGUGUACUCCGUCCCCUGUUGUUCUUCCUUCUCUUCCAAAUGUGCACUUCCGUUGACACCAUAAAUGGGAAUCAGCCCAUCACRGACGGCCAAGUCCUGGUCUCUGCCGGAGGGCACUUCGCGUUAGGAUUCUUCAGCCCCGAAAAUUCUACCAACGGCAACAGGUACGUGGGGAUAUGGUACAACAAAGUUAAACAACAGACUGUGGUAUGGGUAGCCAACAGAGAAAACCCAAUGAAGGAUUCUACUGGAGUAGUCUUCACCAUCAACCRAGACGGAAAUCUUGUCGUCUUCGACAAACAUAGGAAGGAAGCUCUCUGGUCCACAAACAUUACGACGGUGGCCACCAAUGGGUUGGAAGCUAAGCUCUUAGAUUCAGGAAAUCUUGUUCUCAGUCGUCAAGGGAUUAUUGUAUGGCAGAGCUUCGACUACCCUACACAUACCCACCUUCCUGGUAUGCGUAUCGGCUUGAACAGAAAAACCGGUCUAAAUUGGUCACUAACGUCUUGGAAGUCUCGAGACGACCCAGCACGUGGGGAUUACUCAUUCCGGAUUGACCCACAGGGCUCGCCACAGUCCUUCUUGUACAAGGGUUCGGUUCGAGUCUGGAGAAGUGGUCCGUGGAAUGGUGUGAGCUGGAGCGGAGUACCGGAGAUGUCCCAAACGUACCUCUUCAGUUACCAAUUCGUAAACACAAGCGACGAGGUUUACCUGACCUACAACAUCUAUAAUACCUCUAUUUACUCGAGAUUCGUGUUGGACGAAUCCGGAUUGGUGCAGCGGCAGACAUGGAUCGACAGAGACCAGCGAUGGAACAUGUUCUGGUCAGCGCCAAAGGACGGGUGCGACGAAUACGGACGAUGCGGACCGUACGGCAUCUGUAUCACAAGCAAUAAUUUUGAGUGUACGUGCGCGUCGGGGUUCCAACCUAAGUCGCCGGCGGACUGGUACUUGCGAGAUGGAUCGGAAGGGUGCGUGAGGAAGAGGAAGUGGGAGUGCGGAAAGGGAGAAGGGUUCUUGAAAUUGGAACGCGUGAAGCUGCCGGAUACAACUCUGGCUUCUAGGGUGGACACGAGAUUGAAGCCGGAAGAGUGCAGGAACGAAUGCUUGAGGAACUGCUCUUGCACGGCCUACACCAGCGCAAAUAUUAGUGGAAGUGGGUGCAUCGCUUGGUACGGGGACUUAAUGGAUAUCAGAGAGUAUGCGGAAGGGGGACAAGAUCUAUACCUACGUAUGGAUGCAAUUGAGUUAGCUGCACAGACAAGAAGAAAUUAUAAAGGAUUUGGCAAGGCCCGGAUGUUGGUGAUUGUUAUACUUGUUACUGUACUGCUCUUCCUAGCUCUAUGUGGAUCUUAUUUUCUGUGGAAGAGAAAAAGGAAAGUUUAA